AGUUUUCGAGUACUUCUUCUUUCUAUCAAGGACUCAAAACACUAGUCCUGUAUAAAUACAGGCCUGGGAGGGAUACUCAUUACUCACUCUUCCCUCUAAAAAAAACCUAAUUUGAGAUUUCGAGAAACACAAAUUCAGCAGCAGAUAAGUUAAUUUCCAGUGAGAAAUGGAGAAGAGGCAAGAAUUAGAGUGGAUUGAAGCACAAAAGAUUGUAACAAGUGUAGACCUUUUGGAUGCAGCUAAGAAGCAACUGAAGUUUCUAGCAACUAUUGAUCGCUACCGGUGUCUCUACGAUGAUGGACCGCUUUUGAGGGCCGCUAUUCACAGGUACAAGACUUGUUGGCUUCCUUUGCUUGCCAAGCAUGCUAAGGGUGAGAUUUCAGAAGGGAUUUUGGUUGUUCCUUUGGAUUGUGAAUGGGUUUGGCACUGCCAUAGACUCAAUCCAGUAAAGUACAAAACCGAUUGUGAGGAAUUAUACGGACAGAUUUUGGACAAUGCUAAUGUUAUAUCAAAGGUUCAAGGGGAAUCCACGAAACAAACUGAAGAAAUCUGGAAUCAGUUAUAUCCCAAUGUGUCAUAUGAGCUUGACCUGAGAGGCACUUUCGCAGACGAGACUUCUGAAAUCCUUUCAGAUGGUCAAGAAAGUACCAACUAUGAUCUGGUUUCUGCUGUUAAAAGGCAGAGCUCUUUCUUUUACCAGGUAUCCAAACCUGCUAUGAAUGAUGAACUCUUUCUUGAAGGAGCUGUAGCCAGAUACAAAGGAUUUCUUCAUUUGAUUAAGAGAAACAAGGAGAGGUCUAUUAAGCUUUUUUGUGUGCCGACUUAUGAUAUCGAUCUCAUAUGGCAUACUCACCAACUUCAUCCAGUUGCUUACUCUAAAGAUGUUGUUCAAGUCACCGGCAAGUUGUUAGAGCAUGAUGACACAGAUUCAAGCAGAAGCAAAGGACAGAAGCUUGAUGUUGGAUUUUCAGGAACUAUUAACAAGUGGGAACAGUUGUUUGGAUCUAGGUAUUGGAGGGCAGGGGCAAUGUAUAGAGGCACUGCUCCAUCACCUGUUACUCAUGUUCCAUGGCAAUCAAAUAUGACAAGCAAGAAAGUUGUUCCUUCGAGUGAUCCUCGCAAAGCAGUUCAGCUACCUAAUAAAACGUCAGUAGAGAUUUGCUUGGAGAUUGUGGCGCUAAAGGAUUUACCAGUAGGACUCAAGGGUAGCAUUUAUGUUCAAUUCAGUAAGAAAAUGCCAAAUUCUCUCUUCAACGCAAAGAGAAGACUUAAUAUUUUUUCCGUGACUAGAGAGAAGCAGGUUGCUGUAUUCCAGUGUGAACCUAUUGGAGAGCUUUUCUUUGAACUUAUGUUCCAAUCAGCCUCAACCUUAACCGUAUCAAGUGGACCCGAAAUCUUUGGCACAACAUCAAUCCCUUUGAAGGAUUUGAUCGAUCCUGUCAAUAAGUUGUCAGUUGAAAAAUGGUUUCAGUUGGAGCCAAGUUCUGGCAUUGAAAACUCCAACCCAAUCUCUCUGCGUAUUGCUGUCUCCACUACUUCUCCGACACCUGCUCCACAUGUACUUAGCAUGGUUAGGUCACGUCCAUUCGCAAAAGACUCUUGUUUCUCCGCACUUCCUGGAAGUAUCCAGCAUGCUAAAAGUUGGACAUCUGUCGUGGAUGAAGUUGGCAAUGAGAUCCUCAACAUUCAGAUGAGGGAAUCAAAGAAAGCAGAUGCAAAAACUAGUUUCAAUCCGAAGAAAGAGGUUGUUGGAAUUAUAGGACACUCUGAUGAAACACGGAUUCUAGCCGAAUAUGCGGAAACAGGGUGGUCUUUGUUAGAUUCUACCGAGUCCUUUCAUCUUCUGACCAAAUCCAACGAACAAGGUGAUAUCAUUGAGCUCCAAGAUAACCUGAUGGUGAGACUUUUCCCUGGUAGAGCACUAGAAUAUGAACCCAAAAACUGUGAGAAGCAGAAGAAUGAAUCCGACUUUGUUACAGUAGUGGAGUUCUCUGAAGAAAAUCCAUACGGAAAGGCACUAGCAUUACUUAACCCCAAAUGUGGGUUUUUGAAGGUAAAAGAAGAAUGGUUUGCUUUGCUUGGGAUUACAUUGACCUUCAUACUCUCUGAUAUUCUGAAAAAAGAUGGUCACAUUGGCCUAGUUGGCAAGGGAGAAAAUUUAGAGAACAUGCAUGGCCAAAUUGAAGAAAUUGUUGAAGGGUCUCAAGUUGAAGGUAAAAGCAACAAAGUCGCUACCUCAGAAAAGGAGGAAGAGGCAGCCAAGCAAGGAAGCGCAGUAGCACAAGCAAAGGGUGAGUCUGGACUUUACGGGUAUGAAACAGAUUACAAAGAGUACAAAAGUGUUGUUAAUAGUGGUGGUUGUGGUAGUGGAUGUGGAGGUGGCUGCGGGAACAUGGUUAACAGUGGUGGAUGUGGCAGCGGUUGUGGUGGUGGAUGUGGGAAUAUGGUAAAGAGUGGUGGAUGUGGUAGCGGCUGUGGUGGUGGAUGCGGAAGUAUGGCAAGGAGUGGUGGUUGUGGCAGUGGCUGUGGUGGUGGAUGCGGAAAUAUGCUGGUGGAGAGCGGUGGUUGUGGAAGCGGUUGUGGUGGUGGAUGCGGGAAUAUGUUGGUGGAGAGCGGUGGUUGUGGAAGCGGUUGCGGUGGUGGAUGCGGAAAUAUGGUUAAGAGUGGUGGAUGUGGUGGAAGUGGUGGCUGUGGUGGUGGGUGCGGAAGUAUGGUAAAGAGUGGUGGUUGUGGCAGUGGCUGUGGUGGUGGAUGUGGAAAUAUGUUGGCGGAGAGUGGUGGUUGUGGAAGCGGUUGUGGUGGUGGGUGCGGAAAUAUGGUUAAGAGUGGUGGAUGUGGUGGUGGGUGUGGCGGUGGAUGCGGUGGAAGUGGUGGGUGUGGUGGAGGUAUGGCAAAGAGUGGAAGUGGUGGUGCGGCGACUGGGGUGGCAGUUUGAAAGACUGAUAAUAGCUCCACCAUCCAAGAUUGCGCAGUGUGAUGUUGACAUGUUGGGGUGGGGCAUAUUGAUUGGUUACAAGGUGGGUUAUCCUCGGUAAUAAUGUUAUUUGAAAUUUGUGAUUUACUUAUGAUGAAGUUUGUGUUGUAAUCCUCAUGUCUGAGCUAAUAAUAAUAAAAGUGUUCUUCCAUUUCCAUGUCGAAAACUGUAAGCAUGAAUUGGAAUUUUAAGGAAGCAAGUUGCAUAAAA